CGGCCGCACCGCCGGAAGUACUCUCCUGACCCUCCGCCGCGCAGCUCAUCGCACCGCAGGAAGAUGGCGUUGGAGGUCGGCGACAUGGAAGAUGGGCAGCUUUCCGACUCGGAUUCCGACAUGACGGUCGCACCCAGCGACAGGACGCUGCAGUUGCCGAAAGUGCUAGGUGGCGACAGUGCUAUGAGGGCCUUCCAGAACACGGCAACGACAUGUGCGCCAGUAUCACAUUAUCGAGCUGUUGAAAGCGUGGAUUCAAGUGAAGAGAGUUUUUCUGAUUCAGAUGAUGAUAGCUGUCUUUGGAAACGCAAACGACAGAAAUGUUUUAACCCUCCUCCCAAACCAGAGCCUUUUCAGUUUGGCCAGAGCAGUCAGAAACCACCUGUUGCUGGAGGAAAGAAGAUUAACAACAUAUGGGGUGCUGUGCUGCAGGAACAGAAUCAAGAUGCAGUGGCCACUGAACUUGGUAUCUUGGGAAUGGAGGGCACUAUUGACAGAAGCAGACAGUCCGAGACUUACAAUUAUUUGCUUGCUAAGAAACUUAGGAGGGAAUCUCAAGAGCAUACAAAAGAUCUAGACAAGGAACUAGAUGAAUAUAUGCACAGUGGCAAAAAAAUGGGGUCAAAGGAAGAGGAAAAUGGGCAAGGUCAUCUCAAAAGGAAACGACCUGUCAAAGACAGGCUGGGGAACAGACCAGAAAUGAACUAUAAAGGUCGAUAUGAGAUCACAGAGGAAGAUUCUCAAGAGAAAGUGGCUGAUGAAAUUUCAUUCAGGUUACAGGAACCAAAGAAAGACCUGAUAGCUCGAGUAGUGAGGAUUAUUGGGAACAAAAAGGCAAUUGAACUUCUGAUGGAAACUGCUGAAGUUGAACAAAAUGGUGGUCUCUUUAUAAUGAAUGGUAGUCGCAGAAGAACACCAGGUGGAGUUUUUCUGAAUCUCUUGAAAAACACUCCUAGUAUCAGCGAGGAACAAAUUAAGGACAUUUUCUACAUUGAAAACCAAAAGGAAUACGAAAAUAAAAAAGCUGCUAGGAAGAGGAGAACACAAGUGUUGGGAAAAAAGAUGAAACAAGCUAUUAAAAGUCUAAAUUUUCAAGAGGAUGAUGAUACAUCACGAGAAACUUUUGCAAGUGACACAAAUGAGGCCUUGGCCUCUCUUGAUGAGUCACAGGAAGGACAUGGAGAAGCCAAGUUGGAUGCAGAGGAAGCCAUUGAAGUUGAUCAUUCUCAUGAUUUGGACAUUUUUUAAGUACAUUUUUGACAGUUUGAGGACUAAGCCUUUCUAAAAUAACAUUGUAAUAAACCAUUUUUACUGAGAUUGCAACGUUUUGCACUGAUAAACAUGAGAAUCUGGAGGAAAGACAAUUGUUUUCUUGUUUAAAAUAGUGUAUGUGCAGAAAGGAAUGCAAUUGAUAGAGCAUUUAAGGCUAUCUCAUGUCUGACAAUACUUAAGAGUAUAUAGCACAGGAUUUAAUUUUUCAUUCUGUUGCAUGUGCUAAUUGUAAGUAUUACUAGUUGAUAAUCAGUUUUGUCUAGGUCAUAACAUACUAUUCGAAAGUUUGCUUUUUCAAGUUUAUCUUUGCAGUGAAUUAUGCUUUGACUUUAAAACAUUCCACUAAAAUCAUAAUGGGACAUAUAAGUUAUUAAGCUGUUACAAAUGCAUUCAAAUUUGUUUUUUCUGUGUUCUAAGAACUCAGGCAUUUUUAAGGAUGAAAACUAACAUUGGCCAGGCACGGUGACUCACCCUGGUAAUCCCAGCACUUUGGGUGGCUGAGGCAGGCGGAUCACUUGCGGUCAGGAGUUUGAGACCAGCCAGGCCAACAUGGUGAAACUUUGUCUCUACUAAAAAUAAAAAAACUAGCCGGGCGUGGUUAUGCAUGCCUAUAAUCCGAGCUACUCGGGAGGCUGAGGCAGGAGAAUCACCUGAACCCGGGAGGCAGAGGUUGCAGUGAACUGAGAUUGCACCACUGCACUCCAGCCUGGGCGACAGAGCGAGACUCCAUCUCAAAAAAAAAAGAUACAGUUAAGAGGUGUAUACUGAUGAUUCUUCCCACUCAUUUGUCUGUCCAGAAGUAAAUAAAUGUCAGAAAUUUUUAAGAGUCUCAGUCUGUCGCCCAGGCUAGAGUGCAGUGGCACGAUCUCGACUUAUUGCAGCUGCCAUUUCCCAGGUUCAAGUGAUCAUGUGCCUCAGCUUCCUGAGUAGCUGAGAUCACAGGUGUGCACCACCACGCCCAGCUGAUUUUUGUAUUUUUAGUAAAGACUGUUUCGCCAUGUUGUCCAGGCUGGUCUCGAACUCCUGGCCUCAAGUGGUCUGCCCACCUCUGCCUCCCAAAGUGCUGGGAUUACAGGCGUGAGCCACCACACCCAGCCUUAUUCUUAAAUGUAACGUGUUUUUUGACUUCUUAAUUAACUUGGUUAUAUACUAAAUGUGAUCUACUCCUGUGUAUUACUACAUACUUUAAAAAAAUUUUCAAGCUGGGCAUGGUGACGCACACCUGUAAUCCCAACACUUUGGGAGGCCAAGAGGGGACGAUUGCUGGAGCCCAGGAGUUCGAGACCAACCUGGGCAACAUCGUGAGACGCUAUCUCUAGUUUAAAAAAGGAAAAGGAAAAAAAAACAUUCCCAGUGGCAGCCUACCUAAGACUGUUUUACCUUAUGUUAAGGAAGUUAGGUAUUUAAAAUGUUACAUAUGCUGGUGCAGUGGCUCAUGCCUGUAAUCCCAGCACUUUGGGAGGCUGAGAUGGGUGGAUCGUUUGAGGUCAGGAGUUCAAAACCAGCCUGGCGAACAUGGUGAAACCCCAUCUCAACUAAAAAUACAAAAAAUUAGCCAGGCAUGGUGGUGCAUGCCUGUAAUCCCAGCUACUUGGGAGGCUGAGGCAGGAAAAUCGCUUGAACCCGGGAGGCAGAGGUUGCAGUGAGUCGAGAUCAUGGCACUGCACUCUAGCCUGGGCGACAAAGCAAGACUUUGUCUCAAUAAUAAUAAUAAAAUAUUACAUGUGCAUGAAGUUUUAAAUUACUCAUUAAUGAAGAAAAUAAAGGUAGUUUAGACAUUCCAAGAGUUAACUGUAGUUUAUAAAAAUAUAUUAAGCAAAAAUAUGCUUGAUAUAUUAAGCAGAAAUUUUGUUUAUUAAGCAAAAAUGUAAAAUUCAGCAAUUAUAAACUAUUCCUUCAGACAAUGUACUUGAAGUCUUUCGGUAGUUCUGAGAAUAUGGUCAUUGAAGUUGGAUCUAAGAGGAAAGUGGUUAUUGGUUGCUUUUUAUUUAUAAAGAAUGCAAAAAUAAAAUUAGAUUUUUGGCAGUCCUUAA